AUGAACUUGGCUCUCCACAGGCUGGCAAGCGCCACUACAAGCGCCCUGACGACAGUCAUACCGUACCUGGGCUCCAACGAUGCAGUCUACGAUGACAGUUCCGUCAAACCUGGACUCCGCUCGGAGAAAAUGUACUCGGCAUCCAUUAGUAGUGCAAACAAGAUCAUUUACAGCACCCUCGCACCCAUUCUCCCCACCAACAUGUCAGACGUUCUGCUGACUAAUGUAACUGGUGUGAGGGCGGCUCAGUGCGGGGAGAACUUUGUGGACAACAUGGAGUGUUUUAUGAUCUUGACUCCGGGCCAGCAGCUGGCCAUUGCCAUCUUGGCGCUCACAUUGGGUACAUUCACAGUGCUGGAGAACCUGAUAGUUCUAUGCGUCAUCCUGCAUUCGCAGACGCUGCGAUCGCGACCGUCCUACCACUUCAUAGGAAGCCUGGCUGUGGCGGACCUCAUCGGCAGCAUCAUUUUUGUCUACAGCUUCCUGGACUUCCACGUCCUUCAAAGGAAAGACAGCCCCGAAGUUUUCCUCUUCAAGCUGGCUGGUGUCAUCGCAUCCUUCACCGCCUCUGUGGGCAGCCUCUUCCUUACCGCCAUCGACCGCUACAUCUCCAUUCACAGGCCCAUGGCGUACAAGCGGAUCGUGACCAAGACCAAAGCGAUCGUGGCUUUCAGCGUCAUGUGGACCGUGUCCAUCGUAUUUGCGCUGUUGCCCCUGCUGGGCUGGAACUGCAAGCAACUGAACUCUGUCUGCUCAGAUAUUUUCCCCCUCAUUGACCAGAGGUACCUCAUGUUCUGGAUUGGGAUGACCAGUGUCCUGCUGCUCUUCAUCAUCUACGCCUAUAUGUUCAUUCUGUGGAAAUCGCACCACCACGCUGUGCGCAUGCUGAGCCGCACCUCCCAGAGGAGUGUCAUCAUCUACACUGCUGAGGGCACCAAGGUUCAGAUGGUGAGGCCUGAGCAAGCCCGCAUGGACCUCCGGUUGGCGAAGACCCUUGUACUCAUCUUGGUGGCCCUCAUCAUCUGCUGGGGGCCGCUUCUCGCCAUCAUGGUUUACGACCUCUUGGGCAAAGUGGACGACUUCAUAAAAACCGUGUUCGCCUUCUGCAGCAUGCUGUGCUUGCUCAACUCCACCGCCAACCCAGUCAUUUACGCCAUGAGGAGCAAGGACCUGCGCAGGGCUUUCGGAAACAUUUGCAGUCUUUGCCAAGGGAGCGCAACUCCUCUGGACAACAGCGGGGAAAGCGAUUGGAACAGCAGGAGCGUAAGAGGCAAGGACAGCGGAAGCGCAGGAAGUGGCGGGAACAUUCGAGUCAAAGCUUCCCAAGUUUAUAUUUCUGGAGUGACGGAUACGACUUCUACCCCAGAUUCAGUGUAA